AUGGCAGGGCAUGCCAUGCGAUCCAGCCCCCGCAACGCUCUCCUUUCCAACACCCGUAUUCCUCCCACCUCCCCCACCCUACCCGCUUCCGCGAUGACUGCUCCUAUUCCUGCUCACCCUGCUGCCACUCCCGGCCCUCCUGCCAACUCUGCCGCCACUGCCCCCUCCCCUGCCCCCUCUGCCUCGGCUUUGGCGCCAGUUAACUCUGCGCCAACCGCCCCUGCUGCGUCACUGCCAGCAGGGUCGGUAGGCAGGCAGUUCACCCGAUCGUACUCUCUCCACACGGACGCUCAGUCCCCGGUGUUCCCACGUGGGGUUAGAACCCCCACCCGCAGCAACACGAAUCACACCGGCGCUGCUUCUUCUGGUGCUGUCGCUGCUGCUGCUGCUCUCUCCGACCGCGACCUGAAUUUUCACCUGAGCCAGCUGGCUAAUCGGAGGAUCGCGCAGGAGAUCGCGCAGUCCAGGCGGUCAGGGGGAGGAGCAGCCGGCGAUGCAGGAGGAACGAGCAACGCAGGGGGCGUUGGCCGAGGGGUUGCAGGCUCACCCAUGGUUCUGGAGGCGUCGCAGAAAGGCAGCCGAGGGGGGAUGACCGCGGGGGGGAUGGGCAGAGUGGGGGGAACCAGGGUAGGGAUGAAGCGGAGCUUUGGAUUAGAAUCAGCCGAUGCUCCCAUGGCAACCUCGAGACUGGAGGCUGGUGGUAGGAGUCGGAGCGCGGCUGGUGGUGGCAGGAGUCAGAGCACGGCUGCUGCUGGUGAGCUUUGCGAUGGCAGCGGCGGGUACGAGGUGGGGACUCCCUCUCGCGCUGCUGUUCGUGGCAUAGCUGGGGAGAAUAUUCCUGGAAAGCGGCAUGCGGGGCUGUCGAAUGCCAGACAGGAGUCGCUUUGCGAGGCAGCAGCAGCUCGUCCUGGGGAGGGUCUUGGGGGGGUUGGAGGCUCAGGGCGUACAGGAGUAAUGGCUUGUUCUGACAAUGAUCAAAACACACGCGCUGUAGGAGGUGGUGUGGGGUCGACAGGUGAGAUGGCGCAGACAGGAGAAUGCGGAGGUGUGGCAGCAGGAGGCGGGUGGGUUCAGCAGCAGCAGGAGACGAAGCAGGAGUUGCUGCAGGAGGUGCGACACGAGCUGCAGGUGCAGCGAAUACAGUUGACGCGCGAGCACAUGCAGCAGCUGAGCCAGGAGCACCAGAUGCAGCCGUUGAGUCAACGGCCACUAAUGCAGCAACUGAGUCAUCGCCAGCAGGCACAGUGUGAGGCGCAGGGGGGGCGAGCACAGGAGCCGCAGGUGCCUGCACCUGUGACUGGCGGAAACGCCAUUGGGAACACCGCAGUGUCAGGGGGGCAGGAGGCUGCAAAGGGCCAGGAGGCCCAUUCCAGUCAGGCAGGAAACUUUGCAGGAGGCCUGUUUGCUCGGAGCACGGGAGCAUGCGAAGCGACUACAGCUGUGGGAAGAGGAGAGGUGGAUGUUGCAGGAAUGUCCGCUGCCGGCUCUGCAGCAGCAGCAGCAGCAGCAGCAGCAGGGCGAGCAGCAGCAGCAGCAGCAGCAGCAGGGGAAGUGGAAGCAGUGGGUUCUGGUCCGUAUGACGUGGCAGUGGCAUCGAGCACAUUGGUGGAUGCGAACGAUGACCCAUUGGACCAAUCCGUGCAUGGCAACUGCAUGCUUCAAGCCCAUGUGAUGGGUGAAGGCCAUGCACAUGGCAUGGACGAUUCACACAGUCAAGAUAUGGCGACGCUGAUGGAUGCCGACAUGGGCAUGGGCAUGGGGAUGGGCAUGGGCAUGGGCAUGGGGUUCCACAUGGAGGACAUGGAUUUCCCCAUGCCGCUUCCCGGCUGUGAUGACAUGUUUUCACUCCCUGAUUCCGACUUUGGACGAGUCUUCUGUGCUGCAUCUGGUGCCGGGGCUUACGCUACUGGGGCGUAUGAUACUGCUGCUGGGGCUGGAGCAGGGGCUGGGGCUGGGGCUGGGGCUGGGGCUGGGGCAUGCCUCACGAUGCGGAGUAAGACGGCGGGCGUCGCUUUAGAUGCGCCCGGCACAGUUUACGUCGACAAUAACGGGAGAAUUAACUCACCAGGCGACAACAUCCAGAUCUGCUGUGCUUCACCGUCCGCGGGGAAAAAGCGUGCCGCGUUGAACAAUGCAGCCCCCGUAAAGAGCUGCGUCGAGUCAGUCCCGGAGGUGAGCGACGGCCACGACGAAGAAGAAUGGCCUGGAAACGGUCACUAUGGCGAUGGUGAGACGCGCGCUACACCUGAUUCGGAUGUCGAGGAGGACGAAUGGUGGCUGAAAGACUACGGGGAUGAGGAGGUGGAAGUGUGGCGUGCAGGAGAUGAUGAGGAAGGAGAUGCGCAAGCUGGAGAUGGUCGUGCUGGAGAUGGUGACGCGGACGUGACCACUGCUGUGGGAGUGUGGCGUGCAGGAGUUGAUGAGGAAGGAGAUGCGGAAGCUGGAGGUGGCCAUGUUGGAGAAGUUGAACCAUCUGCUGCUGCAGCUCCUGAAGGCAAGGGAGAAGAUGGUGAUGCCGCUGCGGACAAGGGUGAUGAAGACGAGCCAGGGAAGAUGGACGUAGACGACGUCCCGCUGUUUCGGCGUAUUGUGAAGCACCGGGUUGACCACGCCGCCUGGAAAGAAACUGGUCAUUUCACGGCAGCGGAGAAGGGCAAGCAGAAGGUCGAUGAAGGUCCCUCACGGAAGCGUCUCACUGCGGCGGAGAAGGGCAAGCAGAAGAAGAAGCGGGCACCAAAGAAGAAGGCACCAGCUGCUGAACCUGCUGAACCUUCUGAUAAUUCAGAUGACGACUACGCUGAAGCUGCAGGACCGAUUCCGACAUACCCUGAGAAGCAGAAACCUAGGGAUCCCACGAAGAGGAACCUGGAUGCAAGGCCGCCGUCCCCUCGCAACCGCAAAGAGAAGCGCAGUCGGAGGGGCUGGACCGUGAAGGAGAAGCUGAAAUGGUGUAAGCGCUAUGCUGAGCUUGGAUCUUUGAAGAAGAUGGCCGUAGAGUCCGGUGUGGUGGUGAAAGCCCAAGAGAAUGGGUGGAUGGAUGAGGAAGCAGUUGGUGCUUGGCUCAGAGGCGAGAUCCUCCCUCACCUCAACCCUGUCAAAGGUGCGGCAGCCAAACGAUCCAUGCUGGUGCUCGAAUCCUACCGCGGGCACAUAAUCCCUGGAAGGCUUGCCGCCUACCGCACACGCUCCAUCACGCCGGCCAUCAUCCCAGCAGGAUGCACCAGCCAAAUCCAGCCACUGGACGUGUCCAUCAAUCAGUGUUUCAAGGCGGGAGUGCGCACGCGUUACUGCUGGUGGUUUGUGCGGCGCGGCAUCAACCUCCAAACCCCCAAAGGAACGAGCGGAGACAACACGGGCUUCAUGGGCAAAGCCCCUGACAGAGAGGGGAGGGAGGGGGAGGGUGACGAGGAGGAGGACGAGGAUGAGGAGGAGUUGGCUGAACAUGCAGCCCCUGUGGAGGAAGACCCCUACCCCGACACUGUGGCAUACCGUGGGGCCGCGGCUUUGGUGGACAAGCUCGUGGCCCCUACUGGUCUUGACGAACUGCGUAUGCAGGAUCUGAGGAUUGAUGAGGAGGAUGAUGCACCAUCCGAGGACCCUUGUCCUGAGGGUGAUAGGGUCACUGAAGUAGAGGUUGGUUGA